AUGCUGCAUAUACGGCAAUCCCGAGUAGAAUCACACAGUCAGCCUGGUAUGUACUCAAGGCCAGGCGUUCCCGUGUUCGCGGUCAAGUACGGGGAGGUGGUCCUCUUCGAGCUCGGCGAUCAGGUCUCUCACACGACAGCAGCGCACGGAUGUGAGCAAGGAGGUUCUGAGGAGGAGUACGAGAUGUAUGCUUGUUACAGAAGGGCGCGGAGAUUGAAUUUGCGCAGCGUUGAUAUUCUCGCCAGCAAACGCGGCCUCAUCGGUUCGCUGGCUUCCGGCGUCCUUGAAAGCUCAGGCGGUACUCCUACUGAUCGAGUUUUUGCGGCGCUGACCCUCCGGCGAGGCUCGUGA